UUUUGAUACCAUGUUGAAAUAAUUACUUGAUUUUAAAGUUCCCCUCUAAAUUACCUUUUCCAUAUCUUUUCUAGGUUAGAUAAAGGAAGGCUAUUUCCUUAGUGUGGAUUGCUGCCUUUAGUAAGAAUAUGUCGUCCAUCUUGCCAUUCACUCCACCAGUUGUGAAGAGACUGCUGGGAUGGAAGAAAUCAGCUGGUGGAUCCGGAGGAGCAGGUGGAGGAGAGCAGAAUGGACAGGAAGAAAAGUGGUGUGAGAAAGCAGUUAAAAGUUUGGUGAAGAAGCUAAAGAAAACAGGACGAUUAGAUGAGCUUGAGAAAGCUAUCACCACUCAAAAUUGUAAUACUAAAUGUGUCACCAUACCAAGCACUUGCUCUGAAAUUUGGGGACUGAGUACACCAAAUACGAUAGAUCAGUGGGAUACAACAGGCCUUUACAGCUUCUCUGAACAAACCAGGUCUCUUGAUGGUCGUCUUCAGGUAUCUCAUCGGAAAGGACUGCCACACGUUAUAUAUUGCCGAUUAUGGCGCUGGCCUGAUCUUCAUAGUCAUCAUGAACUCAAAGCAAUUGAAAACUGCGAAUAUGCUUUUAAUCUUAAAAAGGAUGAAGUAUGUGUAAACCCUUACCACUACCAGAGAGUUGAGACACCAGUUUUGCCUCCUGUGUUAGUACCACGGCACACUGAGAUCCUAACAGAACUACCGCCUCUGGAUGAUUAUACCCACUCCAUCCCAGAAAACACUAAUUUCCCAGCGGGAAUUGAGCCACAGAGUAAUUACAUUCCAGAAACACCACCUCCUGGAUAUAUCAGUGAAGAUGGAGAAACAAGUGAUCAACAGUUGAACCAAAGUAUGGAUACAGGAUCCCCAGCAGAACUAUCUCCUACUACUCUUUCCCCUGUUAAUCAUAGUUUGGACUUGCAGCCAGUUACAUACUCAGAACCUGCAUUUUGGUGUUCAAUAGCCUAUUAUGAAUUAAACCAGAGGGUUGGAGAGACCUUCCAUGCAUCACAGCCCUCACUUACCGUAGACGGCUUCACAGAUCCAUCAAAUUCAGAGAGAUUCUGCUUAGGUUUACUUUCCAACGUCAACCGAAAUGCUACAGUAGAAAUGACAAGAAGACAUAUAGGAAGAGGAGUGCGCUUAUAUUACAUAGGUGGGGAAGUUUUUGCUGAGUGCCUAAGUGAUAGUGCAAUCUUUGUGCAGAGCCCCAAUUGUAAUCAGAGAUACGGCUGGCACCCUGCAACAGUGUGUAAAAUUCCACCAGGCUGUAAUCUGAAGAUCUUCAACAACCAGGAAUUUGCUGCUCUUCUGGCUCAGUCUGUGAAUCAGGGUUUUGAAGCCGUGUAUCAGCUAACUAGAAUGUGCACCAUAAGAAUGAGUUUUGUGAAAGGGUGGGGAGCAGAAUACCGAAGGCAGACGGUAACAAGCACUCCUUGCUGGAUUGAACUUCAUCUGAAUGGACCUCUGCAGUGGUUGGACAAAGUAUUAACUCAGAUGGGAUCCCCUUCAGUGCGUUGCUCAAGCAUGUCAUAAAGUUCCAUCACCAAUCCAGUCCCAUCAAAAGACUUACUGUAUCAACUCUUCUGUCAUAGUAUUUGUGUGUGGUCCCCAUGGACUGUUUGUAUCCAAAAAUUCAACCGAGAAAACAGCACUUGAGGUCUCAUCAAUUAAAGCACCUUGUGGAAUCCGUUUCCUAUAUUCGAAUAUUAGAUGGGAAAAUUAGUGUCUAGAAAUACCCUCCCAUAAAGGAGGAAGAGAAGAUUUUAAAGACUUACUAAUGUCUUGUUGGGCAUAAAAUUGAGUGUCCCAAAGGCUUAUUAAUAACAGUAGUAGUUAUGUGUACAGGUAAUGUAUCAUGAUCCAGUAUCACAGUAUUGUGCUGUUUAUAUACAUUUUUAGUUUGCAUAAAUUAGGUGUGUGUGUGCUGCUUCUUGAUUUAGGCAAGCUUUUAUAAAGUUACAGUACCUAAUCUGUUAUUCCCACUUCUCCGUUAUUUGUGUGUGUCUUUUUUAAUAUAUAAUAUAUAUCAAGAUUUUCAAAUUAUCAUUUAGAAGCAGAUUUCCCUUGUAGAAAAACUAAUUUUUCUGCCUUUUACCAAAAAUAAACUCUUGGGGGAAGAAAAGUGGAUUAACUUUUGACAUCCUUGACCUUAAUGUGUUCAGUGAGUCUUAAACAUUUGUUCUUGUUGGUUGGUUUGUUUACUGCUAAAUUUCUAUAACAAAGCCUUGCAGAAAAUCUUUUCAAACCUCUUCUCCAUUCCUACUUUUGUUCUGAUACAAAAACAGAAUAGCAUGCUAUCCGUCGCCAGUAAUGGUUGCACUGAUAGUGCCAGCACCAGUCGCUUCUGGGGUACAGUAAGAAUGCAUAUGGAGUAAGUUGCUUUGUCUUACACAUUUCAACAGAUAAUACUUGACUUGUGUGACCUAGUAGUCUAUUAAUUUAUCCUUACACCUCAUAAAAAAUACAUAGGUGGCAGUAUAAUUAUUUUCAGGGAUAUGCUACAAUUAUUCCAUUUGUCCUUUUUUUAAAGCCAAUCUAUAGAUGUAAACACUUUUUUUAAAGGUAUUUUAAAUGUUUCAACAGCAGACCUAGUGCUCUUUGAUUUGAGUUUCACUUGAUUUAGUUACCAGAUUAUUUUAUGAAUGGAUCUUUUGUGAAUGUAAUUGUACCUGCAGAAUACCUAGAAAAGUGAUGCUGAGGUGUGGUCAGCAGAUAAGGGCCAUCUGUUUUUAAAAUAUGUUGUAUUCAAUUUAAAAAAUCUUUUAUUUUACAUAAUUAUUAAUGGAAUUUUAAAAAUUUGGGGAGAAGCAGUUUAGCAACUUUUUAAGCUUAUAAUCACCUACAGUCUGAGCUGUUCUUAACUAAAACUGAAUAUAUGUUUGUUACUAGAAUCAACCACAUUUUAUGCUCUGCAGUGAGAGGAACAGAAGCUCUGUGGGUAGUUCGUUCUGCAGCAAGUAACUCCCAGGUCUAAUGUGAAGUUAUUGCUGUUUAAACAUUACUUGUUUGCAUCUCAAUAGAAAUGAAAAAUAACCACUCCUAGUCCCCUUCUAGUAAAUUUUUAUAUUUUUAGGAUAAAUAUCUUAGGUACUUGUUUUUUGAAACCGUAGUCACCUGUUUCUACAGGUGUCAUUUUCAGUACUUUCAUCAUUUGGUUGUUUUCUGUUAAGUAUUCCUCAUUUUCCAAUAUUUGUGUGUACAUGCAUGUAUUCUUGUAAACGUGUAGUAAAUUUUUACUCAUUCAAAUAUUUAUUGCUCACCUGUUAUAUGUGCCAGGAACUUUUCUUAGCUUUUGGGUAAAGGUGAACACUAUAACCCUUUAUCAGCUUUUUUGUCUGUGAAGGAAAUAAAUAGGGUGAUAGAGUACAACAGAGGGAAGUGUUGCUUGCAGUAACACUUGGCGUGAGAAAGGAGCAAAUGGGCAUUCCUGGCAAAGAGAAUGGCAUGAUAUGCAAAGGCUCAUUUUAGAGGAAACUCAUUAGUUAUGAAUGCUUUAUAUGAACACCUCUACACAGAUCCGAACUUGAGGAUCAGAAUGGUUCUACAAUUUAUAAUAGUUGAAGGUGGCCUUACUUUGUGAUAGACUUUGUCAUUCUCAGUAAUAUUUCUUCUUUGUCAAGCCCUUGCUGUAAAGUUUGACAUUUGUCAGUACCAUUUAACAACCCCUUCUUUAAAUCGGCCUUGGGCAAGUUUUCACCAUUGUAGUGUCUGGCUGCUUGCUUCCAGACUUCUUGCUGCUCACUAAUUACUACUUCUACAGGGCAUCUUGUGAUUUGUGUAAAUUCCCAGUUAUUACCACCGCAGAUCUGCUGGAGAUAACAGGGGAGUGUCUGCCCUUUGCAGGUGUUUAUUGAGAACUUGGGAGCAGUUCUGGGGGCAGAGAACAACUUUGAAACUGGUGGAGGGCCUUGGCAGUCACUCUUGCAUUGGUAUGUUAAGUGAAGCAGUGCCAAUCACAGUGUCAAUAUGGAGCUCAGCUCCAGUUGCAAUGGAGUUCUGUGCCACCAGAAGCUCUUAGGAGGCACCUGUUGUACUGAGCAGUUCUACCUGUCGAGCAGUUGGCUUCAUGGUGGUGACUACAUUUUUGUGAAUAUAUUUAAUGGUCAGGGUCAUGUUUGUUUUUUACUUAUAAAUUGUUUAUUUCUGGAAUUUUCCAGACCAUGGUUGACCAGGAGUAACUGAAACCACAGAAAGCAAAUCAGCAGAAAAGGGGGGACAACUAUAGUUAACAGAAAGGCAGAAUUAUCCCAUGUACAUUAGUGAUACAGAUGUUUACCUCCCUAAAGUUUUUUUGAAGAUAUUGAACCCCAAAAGCAUUUGUUUAUCUGCUUCUCUUUUUCAUAUUCAGAUAGCCCCCAAAUAUACAGCAGUUUCCUGGGCUGUUCACAAUUCACAUUUCUUAGAAUAUUCUAACCAAAGAGCAUCUGCAGUGCCCAAGUAGUAAUCCCAACCAUCAGCUUUUUCCCAUAUUUGCUUUUUAAUGGAAUGCUGUUUUUGCAUUCUGUAUUGUCUACAGUGGCCUCUUAACAUGGACCCUUUCUUUUCCCCCCCCUUUAUAGGGACUGUUUUCAUUCUUCAUGGUGAAAUCUCUUCUUUGUUGGCUUUUGUCUUUCUUUAAAUUAGCAACAUUAUUUAGAACUUCUUCACAGUGCUGGUAAUUUCUUCAACUCAACAAAGUGAGAAUGGAAGGACCAUGCUGUCUGUCACAUUUAGAUGAAUGGUCAUUUUCACAGUGGAUUCAAGUCCAUAGAGACACCUUAGGGCUGGCUGGCCUUGGAAAUUGGAGGCUGGUGAUGUUCCCACUGAUCUGGUCUAACCAGUGGCAGUUUCAUUUCAGUUCUAUAUUGGAGUUCUACAGAGAUUUGUUAAAAAGUUAUAUUGCUUAAAAAAAAAGUUUGAAAAGUUUAUGCUGUUUAAAAUUAGAGAAAACUGGAUAUCAGCCCACUUUUUGGAAUAAUUCUGUAUUCUUUUCUCAUCCCACUUUAAAGAACUUUCCUGAUUAGGUUUGAACUAAUUAUGCUAGUUAUACAUUAUGGUAUAUAUUUAUUCAGUAAACAUUUAAUGAUGCCUAUUCUUUACCUCGUAGACACUGUGAUAGGCAUUGAGUAAUAAAAAGAUAACUGGGAUUUGGUCCUGACCGUCAAGCUGUGCUUAGCUUAGUCUUGUGGGAGUUACUUUCUCUCUUGGGACCUGUCACUUUGCAAGAAGAAAAUCUGCCUAGUUUUCUUGAAAGCUAAAUAAUCUUAUUCUGUAUUUUACACUUAUUUUGUAUUCUAACUUUAUAUUUGCAAGUUGUGAAUACCUGGGUUUUUCUUUUUUUUUAAUCUUAAACCAUAUCCAAUUUUGCUUGAUUUAUUAGUCUUUUAAACAUUGUCAGAUUUUCUCCUUUGUUGUUAAUAUUAUUGUAAUUUCACUUUUAUUUGUACUUUUAUUGUCAGUUUCAUCAAGACUAAAACUUUGAAGAUGAAAUACAAUCAGUCUAGUAUCUUGCUAAUUGAAAUCAAACAAAAGAGUAUAUACCCAGUUGGUUUCUCUACCUCUUCCAAAAACUGUCCAAAUAUGCUUUUAGGAUAUUUCUGUCUUUUUAAAAAAUAAUUACUUUGGACAUUCAUUCAAUAAUACGGACCCUCCUGGUUGAUGGUGGGAUAUAAAGUAAACAAGACAAUCUUUACUUAAAA